UGAAUUCUCUAAAAAAAACCUGUUACCACAGCCAAAUUUCAUUUUGCUUAGAAAGGCUGUAAAAUGGCGACUUUACUCCCUCCUAAAGGAAAAAAACAAAAACGGGAAGAACAAAACCCUACUCCUUUUGAAAUUCCUGAAAAGUUUCCGCUUGUAAAUGUUCAAUUUCAAGCUUCAGAUGGAAGUCAUGAACUUCCUUCUCUUUUGGUCCCUGGGAACAGUUCAGCUCGUCAGUUAGAUAUCCUUUUAAAUCAAUUACUUGGCUCUCCUGAGGAUCCUGUUCCUUACACUUUUGCUUUAAAACACGACGAUGAUACUGUGGAGAUUCCUGAUAAUCUUUAUACUACCGUGUUCCAUAGCGGGCUUAUGAAAACCGAAGAUAAUCUAACCUUGUUAUACACCCCUCAAGCAGUUUUCCGAGUUCGCGCAAUUACUCGAUGUGCAGCUUCAAUGAACGGACAUGAUGGCACCAUCAUUUCUGCACAGUUUUCUCCAAGCUCUAGCUCUCGUUUGGUUACUGGAAGCGGUGAUUGCACAGCCAGACUAUGGGAUUGUGAUACUCAAACCCCAAUUUCUACUCUGAAAGGACAUCAUAAUUGGGUUUCUUGUAUUUCAUGGGCUCCUGAUGCUUCCGUUAUUGCUACUGGAAGCAUGGAUAAUACAAUUCGUCUUUGGGAACCCAAGAAAGGUGCUUCUCUUGGUGAUGCACUUCGUCGUCAUACCAAGCCAAUUAUGGCUCUUUGUUGGCAACCUCUUCACUUAAGUCCUGACUCUGGACCAUAUUUACUCGCCUCUGGGUCUAAAGACAAUACCAUCCGUGUUUGGAACACCAAACUUAGAACCCUAGUUUAUACACUCUCUGGUCAUACUGCCCCCAUCACGUGUGUAAAGUGGGGUGGACAAAACUGGAUUUAUUCUUCUUCGUAUGACAAAACCAUUCGUAUAUGGGAUGCAAAGGACGGAAAAUGUUUGCACAUUUUGAAGGGACAUGCUGCUCGUGUAAAUCAUCUUUCUUUGUCUACAGAACAUGUUUUGCGCUCGGGCGCUUAUGAUCAUACUGAUUUCAAGCCAAAAAACUUCCGCGAGGAACGUGAUAAAGCAAAAGAAAGAUAUGAUAUUUGUGUAAAACAGUCCGGAGAACGUCUUGUUUCUGCGAGUGAUGACUUACAAUUAAUGUUAUGGGAUCCUUAUAAGACUACUAAGCCUGUUGCUAAAAUGCACGGUCACCAGAAAGUUGUAAAUUAUGCAUCGUUUUCUCCCGACGGUCGUCAUAUAGCAACUGCCAGUUUCGACAGCUCGGUACGAUUGUGGGAUGCUAAAACAGGGAAAUUUCUUGCUACACUACGUGGACAUGUUGCUUCUGUGUACCAGUGUGCUUGGUCUACCGAUUCCAGAUUAUUAGUUAGCUCCUCCCAAGACACGACGUUGAAGGUUUGGGACAUCCGUACGAAAAAGUUGAAGUUUGAUUUACCAGGUCAUCUUGACCAGGUUUUUGCCGUUGAUUGGUCUCCUGAUGGACAACGGGUAGCCUCUGGAGGUGCUGACAAAGCUGUACGGAUAUGGACUCACUAAAAAAAUAAAUAGGGUACAAAGUGUCAAUCUUUAGUUUCGCUAAUUAAUUAAGGGAUUUUUGGACAUAGUUUUUAGAAAAGUAAUGAUAAAGGUUAUUAUCAUUGGCUUAAACUGUUUUAAUACUACAUUUAUGCAGACUGGCUUACCAUCUCAUGUUCGCUUUUGAAAGGGAGACCAAGAAAUAUUUAAAACAAGUUCACAUUAUAUAUAAAUUAUGCAUAGAUAUAGUACUAUAACAUAUAAUUAAUCUCAUAAACAAUCGUUACUGAAA